AUGGAGAACUCUUUCGCCAAGACGCCGGCUGAAUGCUUGGCUUACUUUGGAGUGAGCGAGACCACUGGUCUGACCAUUGACCAGUUCAAGAAGAACCUGGAGAAGUAUGGCCACAAUGAGCUGCCCGCUGAGGAGGGUAAGAGCAUCUGGGAGCUGAUCGUGGAGCAGUUCGAGGACUUGCUGGUCAGAAUCCUGUUGCUGGCUGCCUGCAUCUCCUUUGUUCUUGCCUGGUUUGAGGAGGGCGAGGAGACCGUCACCGCUUUUGUUGAACCCCUUGUCAUCCUUCUUAUCCUCAUCGCCAACGCCAUUGUUGGAGUGUGGCAGGAGCGUAACGCUGAGAGCGCCAUUGAGGCUCUGAAGGAGUAUGAGCCUGAGAUGGGCAAAGUCUACCGCGCUGACAGGAAGAGUGUGCAGAUGAUCAAGGCCAGAGAGAUCGUGCCUGGAGACAUCGUGGAGGUGUCCGUCGGUGACAAAGUCCCCGCUGACAUCAGACUGGUUUCCAUCAAGUCCACCACCCUGCGUGUCGACCAGUCCAUCCUGACCGGUGAAUCCGUCAGUGUGAUCAAACACACCGAGGUUGUCCCCGACCUCAGAGCUGUGAACCAGGACAAGAAGAACAUGCUUUUCUCUGGCACCAACAUCGCCGCUGGCAAAGCCAUUGGUGUUGCCGUCGCCACCGGAGUCUCCACUGAGAUCGGUAAGAUCCGUGACCAGAUGGCGGCCACUGAGCAGGAGAAGACCCCUCUGCAGCAGCUGUUGGACGACUUCGGCGAGCAGCUGUCCAAGGUGAUCUCUCUGAUCUGCGUGGCUGUGUGGGCCAUCAACAUCGGACACUUCAACGACCCCGUGCACGGCGGCUCCUGGAUCCGCGGCGCUGUCUACUACUUCAAGAUCGCUGUAGCUCUGGCUGUGGCCGCCAUCCCUGAGGGUCUGCCCGCCGUCAUCACCACCUGCCUGGCUCUCGGUACCCGCCGUAUGGCCAAGAAGAACGCCAUUGUCAGAAGCCUGCCCUCCGUGGAGACCCUGGGCUGCACCUCCGUCAUCUGCUCCGACAAGACCGGCACUCUGACCACCAACCAGAUGUGUGUGACCAAGAUGUUCGUCGUGAAGAACGUGGACGGCGACAACGUUAACCUCGACGCCUUCGACAUCUCUGGCUCCAAGUACACCCCCGAGGGAGAGGUGUCCCAGGGAGGCAGCAAGACCAACUGCAGCUCCUACGACGGCCUUGUGGAGCUGGCCACCAUCUGCGCUCUGUGCAACGACUCCUCUCUGGAUUACAACGAGUCCAAGAAGAUCUAUGAGAAGGUCGGAGAGGCCACUGAGACCGCUCUGUGCUGCCUGGUGGAGAAGAUGAACGUCUUCAACUCCAACGUGAAGAACCUGUCCAAGAUCGAGAGAGCCAACGCCUGCUGCACUGUGAUCAAGCAGCUCAUGAAGAAGAACUUCACCCUGGAGUUCUCCCGCGACAGGAAGUCCAUGUCUGCUUACUGCACCCCCGUCAAGGGAGACGGUGGCGCCAAGAUGUUUGUGAAGGGAGCCCCAGAGGGUGUGAUUGACAGGUGCAUAUACGUCCGCGUUGGAACCACCCGUGUGCCUCUGACCGACGCCAUCAAGGAGAAGAUCAUGUCCAUCAUCAGAGACUGGGGAACCGGCCGCGACACCCUCCGUUGUCUGGCCCUGGCCACCCGUGACACCCCCAUGAAGCCAGAGGAGAUGAACCUGGAGGACUCCACCAAGUUCGUCAACUACGAGAAUGACCUGACCUUCGUUGGCUGCGUGGGCAUGCUGGAUCCCCCUCGUAAGGAGGUCUCUGGCUCCAUUCAACUGUGCAAAGAAGCUGGUAUCCGUGUCAUCAUGAUCACCGGCGACAACAAGGGAACUGCUAUUGCCAUCUGCCGUCGUAUUGGCAUCUUCACCGAGGAUGAGGACGUUGAAGGAAAGGCCUACACCGGACGCGAGUUUGACGACCUGCCCCUCCACGAGCAGUCCGAGGCCGUGCGCAGAGCCUGCUGCUUCGCCCGUGUGGAGCCCGCCCACAAGUCCAAGAUCGUGGAGUUCCUGCAGGGUCACGAUGACAUCACUGCCAUGACUGGUGAUGGUGUGAACGAUGCCCCAGCCCUGAAGAAGGCUGAGAUUGGCAUCGCCAUGGGCUCUGGCACUGCCGUUGCCAAGUCUGCCUCUGAGAUGGUCCUGGCUGACGACAACUUCUCUUCGAUUGUGGCUGCUGUGGAGGAGGGCAGAGCCAUCUACAACAACAUGAAGCAGUUCAUCCGUUACCUCAUCUCCUCCAACGUGGGUGAGGUCGUCUGUAUCUUCCUGACCGCUGCCCUGGGUCUUCCCGAGGCUCUGAUCCCCGUGCAGCUCCUGUGGGUGAACCUGGUCACUGACGGUCUGCCCGCCACCGCCCUGGGCUUCAACCCCCCCGACCUGGACAUCAUGGGCAAGCCUCCCCGCUCCCCCAAAGAGCCCCUGAUCUCUGGAUGGCUCUUCUUCAGAUACAUGGCUAUUGGCGGAUACGUCGGUGCUGCAACCGUUGGUGGUGCUGCCUGGUGGUUCCUGUACGACACCACUGGCCCCACGAUCACCUACUACCAGCUGUCUCACUUCAUGCAGUGCAGCCCUGACAAUGAGGAGUUUGAGGGAGUUGACUGUGAGGUCUUUGAGGCUUUCCCACCCAUGACCAUGGCCCUGUCCGUGCUGGUCACCAUCGAGAUGUGCAACGCCCUCAACAGCUUGUCUGAGAACCAGUCUCUGCUGCGUAUGCCUCCAUGGAGCAACUUCUGGCUGCUGUCCGCCAUGUCCCUGUCCAUGUCUCUCCACUUCAUGAUCAUCUAUGUUGACCCCAUGCCCAUGAUCUUCAAGCUCACCCACUUGAGCGUUGAGCAGUGUUCGUCGCUCGUAACUACAUCGAGUACUAAAUCACUCCCUGUAACCAAACACAGGUGGAGAAGCGAGAUAAGUUCAUGA